GGCCCCCUACCCCAAAGAGCAAAAAGAACACCAAGGCCCAUACCAGAAAAGGAGGCCAAUUCACAAACAGAACCACCCACAAAUGUGGAGGAGAGCCCCACAAGAACAAGAGUGGAGGCAAGAAAGGGUAUACCACCACAGGAGCCACCCGCACCAAAGACAUACAGACCAAAACCCCCACUGGAUAAGCCACCCCCAGCCAUGGAGGCCACCUCAGAGACAGGGAAGAUUUCCUCAAAGAGGAAACUACCACUGGGCUCAAGGGAAAGCAGGAGGAAGGCAGUGGCAAGAAGGAGGGUACGGCAGAUGGGGAUGGAAUUAAUAGUAUCUGAGGUGCCCAUGACCAGAACCCAACUCUCUGUUCUCAGUAAGGGAAGAUCCUUUGUACCAGGCCCUCCUCCAAAGAAAGCUCUCCUGGAAAACCUAGGGAAUUCAAUGAAUAGAUUGAAAGAACAAAUAAACAAAAGAUUUACAGAUUCCCUCCUACCAGGACAAGAAAUUGAAGAUACAUUCAAUAAAAAGAGGAAUUUGCCCAAACAACUCCCGAUGAAACAGAGAGAGAGCAUUCCUACUAAAAACUCCCAGGAAAACCAGUUUAUAAGCUCUGUUCAGCUUUUUACAGCCUUUACUCCUUGCCGAUAUUCCACCGAAAUAGUUCGAUGCAACAUAACCUCGGCUACCCAGAAAUCUUCCUCAAGCAGGUGGAAAAGCUCCCCAGGACCACAUAAUGCAAAGAAAUACGAGGCAGUUCCCUCCCACACGAGGACCCACCCAAAUGAGAAAAACCCCCCUAACCUCAUACAGGGCCCCCUACCCCAAAGAGCAAAAAGAACACCAAGGCCCAUACCAGAAAAGGAGGCCAGUUCACAAACAGAACCACCCACAAAUGUGGAGGAGAGCCCCACAGGAACAAGAGUGGAGGCAAGAAAGGGUAUACCACCACAGGAGCCACCCGCACCAAAGACAUACAGACCAAAACCCCCACUGGAUAAGCCACCCCCAGCCAUGGAGGCCACCUCAGAGACAGGGAAGAUUUCCUCAAAGAGGAACUACCACUGGGCUCAAGGGAACAGCAGGAGGAAGGCAUGUGGCCAGAAGGAGGGUACGGCAGUGGGGAUGGAAUUAAUUGUAUCCUGA